AGGAUCUUGAUCGUAACGCAGCGAGCGAGAGAGACGCUGAAUCAGAGCAUUCGUGGGUGCGUAGCGGAGGCUCGAUUACUCUUCUUUCUCUCGGACCAUUCUUGGACCAUUCUUGUCGCCAGAGCCACGGCUCGGCCUCGGAGCGAUUAUUGAUUCCUUCCGUGGACGUGCAUGCGAGCGAUGGAGGGCGUGUCUUUAAGGCAGCAGCCUUCGAUUGCUCUGAACUUGGCGACCUUGCCGUCUGGUGGCGUCUCCAAGCCUUUGAAGCCUUAUGCGAAUUUCCUCGCCACGACGCCUGCUGGGAAGUGGAGACGCUUAGCAUUGAGCAGCAAGCCAACCUCAUCCAUCAUUCAAAGAGUCGUCUCGCCCAACCGUGCUCAAGUCAGCACAUAUGAAGGCACGGAACUAGAUGCAAUCUCCAAUCUGAGCCAAAUUGUCCCUGACAGUGUUAUCUUCGAUGACUUUGAGAGAUUCCCCCCUCAAGCUGCGACAGUCAAUGCAUCACUUCUCCUGGGCAUAACUGGCCUUCCAAGAGCGAAAUAUCACAGCGCAAUCGACAGUGCUUUAGCCUACGGACGAUGCUACACCAUUCAGAGCACCCCAGAUAGGUUGUCGUGUUUCUUGAGCAAGGCUUUGGUGAACGUCGGAGCAGAGCUUGUGAAGCUUGUACCUGGACGAGUAUCUACAGAGGUUGAUGCGAGAUUGGCAUAUGAUACUCCAGGCAUUAUCGAGAAGGUCCAUGAGCUUUUGGCGUUAUAUGAUGAGGUUGAAGUUCCCAGAAAUCGGUUGCUCUUCAAGAUUCCCGGGACCUGGCAGGGAAUCGAAGCAGCCCGUUACCUUGAGGAGGAAGGGAUACAGACCCAUGUGACGCUGAUAUACAGCUUUGUACAAGCGGCUGUUGCGGCUCAAGCUGGUGUCUCCGUUAUCCAACUGUACAUUGGACGAAUUCGGGACUGGGCUAGAACUCAUUCGGGUGACAUGAACGUCGAUCCCGUUUUACAAAUGGGUCUAGAUCCUGGAAUUGCUCUGGCUACCAGGGUCUACAACUAUGUCCACAAAAACGGAUACAAGUCCAAGUUGAUGGCAGCUUCAGUUCGAAACAAACAAGAUGUUUUCAGUCUUCUCGGACUAGAUUACUUGAUCGUGCCUGUCAAGGUUUUGCAAUCCCUCAAGGAGUCAAAGGCCGAUUUUGGAGAGAAAUAUGCAUUUGAGCCAAGGCUCACGCCCACUGCUGCGAAAAGCACUUCUUUUAGAGUUGAAGAGACCAAAAGUUGGGACAAGGUCAAGUUCGCAGAGUUCGGACAGUCCGCUAUGGGACCCAUGGCUGAAGAAUUGGUGGCAAGCGGUGUAGAGAGUAGUAUUGCUCAAACGAAACGCAUCGAGGAGCAUUUUGCCAAAAUAUGGCCGCCACCUAACGUUUAGUCAGAGUGGAGAUAAUUUGGUAAAAAUUGACAUGGCUAGAAGAAACUUUGGGGAGUACAUUAGCUAUAAGAAUUGUAGAUUAUUUGGAAAUACAAUGUAUGUUAGAUCACGAAUUCUCCUGAUAUUUACGUAAAAGCAAUAUACGUAAAUGCAGAAAUGAAGAAAUUAAAGUUAACAAUUGUUAAACAUUUGUAGCGAGAAAGUGUACUUCAAUGGCACUUUGGCCGAUAAAUGGAGUUGACAAAAUUGUACAUUUGAUCUAUU